AACGAGGCUCUCUCGUCUCGGACGGACCACCCGCCCACCCAUAACCAUAUCCCUGGCCGACUUUCCCCUUCGUAGUUUCAAAGCCGCGAGCGAGUCUCUCUGGUUUCGCGAGUGCAUGUGAGCCAACGGGACAACGACUCACCGCCAUGGAGGCGGUUUUGCGGCACUCGCUUGUCCCCGCGCAGCAGGCGUGCUGCGGUCCAGCGUGGCGACCACUGUCUGUGCUUCGGGGCGGCGCCGCUAACAGCUGCGACAGGGAAUUCGCGAAACCUUCGUCCGGUUUGAGUUCGGCUCACAGCUUUUCGCAAAGUCUGCGAAAAACUGCAGCUGCAUUGACGAGGAAACGAGAAAACAGUCGUUGGAACCGCAGCGGCUCGGACAGACGGGCUCUCCAAAAAACGACUGUACUGGCGAGUAAUAACGGGGAUAAUAAUAGCGGAGAUGCAAGCUAUAGCAGCAACAAUGGCGGUAGCGAUGGCAGGAGCGACGGCAGCAGCGCAAGCAGCGGCAAGCAAACGCUUCCCCCCUCCUCCGGACAUCCCACCUCCCCCCCAUCGCUUGAAAGCGCAUCAUUUGGAAGCACCCCGGAAGCUUCAUUUCUAGGGCCUAUCCGAGAAAUGCUGCGGAGGAACAAGGCGAAGACGGCCCAGUGAGUCGCGCCCGGGUGUUGGGAAAGCUGCAGUCGUUUGGCAUGGCUGGCGUGCUCUCUUAUGGCCUCUUCAACACCGUCUACUACAUCUUCGCCUUCCUCUUCGUCUUCCUGUAUGUAUCCCCCUCGCCGCGUGGCCUUGGCUUUGCAGCAGCAGCUAAGAACUUUCUCAAGGUCUUUGCCAUGGUGUGGGCUGGCAGUCAGGUCACCAAGCUAGUCCGAGCUGGGGGAGCGCUGAUGAUGGCUCCGUUUAUGGAAAAGGCCCUCAACAUGCUUUCAUCGUCCACCGGAGUUUUCAAGACCCGAGGGCAAGCGGUGGCAGCCAUAGUGGCAUUUUGUUUCAGCCUGGCUGGGGUGCUCUUCCUUGCGGUCACUGCCCUGUGGGCAUGAGCAUUCUUUGCACACCCGUUUACAGCAGUACAGUGGCUCUGCUGUGCUCUCUCUCUCUCUCUCUCUCUCUCUCUCUCUCUCUCUCUCUCUCUCUCACACACACACACACACGCACGCACGCACGCACGCACGCACGCACGCACGCACGCACGCACGCACGCACCACACACGCACGCACGCACACACACACACACACACACACACACCAGUGUUCAAGCUCAGAGGCCAAGCAGCAGGGUGGCGUUCUGCUUUGGCCUGUCUGGGGUGCUAUUCGUUGUAGUCCCUGCCGCACUGGUCAGGAACCAUGACCAUUCCUUGCUCACCUCUAAAUAUGGCCCUGCCUUGUGCUGAAUAUACUUCCAUAUUCGCUUAGUCGAUCUUCCUGUUGGGGUUAUGGUAGCCUUCUGCUUCAGCUGGCUAGCUAGGGUGCUCCAAACCUGCAGCCAUGUGGGCUUAGAGCUCCAA